AUGAUUAGACUUCAUACAGUUCAACGAUCAGAAACUCUUAACGAAGAGCCCUCCAUAGAUUUGCAUUCCAUCAUGUCCUCUUCUUAUCCAAUAACCCUCAAGUUCAUUGACGUGAGCUAUAGGAUAAAGCUCGAGAGAAACAACUCAAGAGGCAACAACAUAAGAAGGAUAAUAUCAGGAAGCCCCACAUCAUCGUCCGACGUGGAGAAUCCAACUGCCACCAUUGAUCAAGAACGCAUGAUAUUAGAUGGGAUCACCGGCAUGGUGGCGCCGGGACAAAUCCUAGCCGUACUUGGCCCCUCCGGCAGUGGAAAAUCUACUCUACUAAAUGCACUCGCCGGCCGCCUCCACCACGGUCAUGGCCUCUCCGGAAAAAUCCUUGCUAAUGACCGGAAAUUAGCCAAACCGGUUCUUAAAAAAACCGGUUUUGUUCCACAAGAUGACGUUCUCUUCCCCCACUUGACAGUUCGAGAAACUCUCAUCUUUUGUUCACUUUUAAGGUUGCCGAAUUCUAUGUCCAAAAAUGACAAAAUCUCCAUUGCAGAAUCUGUUAUACGAGAAUUGGGUUUGGUUAAAUGUGAAACUACAAUUGUCGGCAACAGUUUGAUACGAGGAAUCUCUGGUGGAGAAAGAAAGAGAGUUAGCAUAGCACAUGAAAUGCUGGUGAAUCCAAGUUUGCUGAUUCUCGACGAACCCACGUCGGGAUUGGACUCGACGGCGGCGUUCCGGCUGGUUGAGACGCUGGCAGCGAUGGCAGCGGAGAAGGGCAAGACAGUGGUGACGUCUGUGCAUCAGCCGUCUAGCCGAGUUUAUCAGAUGUUUGAUCUGGUGCUGGUUUUGUCUGAAGGGAGAUGUAUGUACUUUGGUAAAGGGAAUGAAGCAAUGAACUAUUUUGGGUCUGUUGGGUUUUCGCCGUCUUUUGCCAUGAAUCCUGCUGAUUUUCUGCUUGAUCUCGCUAAUGGGGUGUGCCAACUUGAUGGUACAAGUGAGAAAGAGCAGCCUAGUGUGAGGCAAACCCUUGUAUCAUCUUACUAUAAUUUACUGGCUCCAAAGGUUAAAGCCUAUUGCACUGAUGCCACGAGUACAGAUGCGAAGGAUACAGUGAUCUUCGAAGAAUCUAGACACAAUUGCAUUGAUAGUUUUUCGACAUGGUUCAAUGAGUUCAACGUUCUCCUACAAAGAAAUCUCAAGGAAAGGAAAUAUGAGACCUUCAAUUCGUUGAGAGUGUUUCAAGUCAUUACAGCCUCAAUUUUAGCCGGUUUUAUGUGGUGGCACUCUUCUUACACUGAUAUUCAGGAUCGUCUCGGUCUCCUUUUCUUCAUUUCCAUCUUCUGGGGUGUUUUAUCGUCUUUCAAUGCUGCAUUUGCCUUUCCUCAAGAACGAGCAAUUUUAGCAAAGGAACGAGCUUCGGGUAUGUAUAAGCUCUCGUCAUAUUUCAUGGCCCGAAUCACCGGGGACCUGCCUAUGGAACUAAUCCUGCCUAUAUUAUUCCUCACCAUAGUUUAUUGGAUGACCGGACUAAAACCUGAACUCAAUGCUUUUCUAAUGACACUAAUAGUCGUGCUCAGUUAUGUUCUCGUGUCUCAAGGGCUUGGCCUUGCAUUUGGUGCACUUAUCAUGGAUGCCAAACAAGCUUCGACGUUGGUAACUGUCACAAUGCUAGCAUUCGUGCUAACAGGAGGAUACUAUGUUCAUAAAGUACCAUCUUUCAUGUCAUGGAUGAAGUACAUUUCUACCACAUUUUAUACAUAUAGACUUCUCAUCAAUGUUCAAUAUGGAGAUGGAAAGGUGAUUUCCUCAUUGCUCGAUUGCUCAUCUAGGGAUCAAGAAAGAGCAGGCUGCAAAUUUAUCGAGGAAGAUAUUAGAGGAAAUAUCCAUCCUACUAUGAGCAUCGGCAUUUUAUUGAUCAUGUUUGUAGGAUAUCGAUUAUUUGCUUACAUUAUGCUAAGGCGCAUCGGUGCAUGA